AACAUAUCUACUGCAGGACAUAUUCACACGGAAAUCGAGAGAUAUUUUGUCAAAAAGAUGGGAAUGAAGAAAAUGGAAGGAGGAGGAGGAAAGAGAUUGAAAUGCAGCAGAAAUGAUAACAACAACAUGGACCAAGACGAAGAAGAAGAGAUUUUUUAUGAUGGUUAUGAAGUAGAGAGGGAAAAUGAACAACUUCCUUCUUCACAGCAGCCAGUUGGAUUUUUCUACCCUUCAACGACACCGUCUUCUAUCGUCGUUUCAGAUGCCUUAGAACCUGAUCUUCCUAUCAUAUAUGUGAAUACUGUGUUCGAAAUUUCUACUGGUUAUCGCGCUGAUGAAGUCCUCGGUCGUAACUGUCGGUUUUUACAAUUUAGAGAUCCACGAGCCCAAAGGCGGCAUCCUUUGGUGGAUCCUGUUGUUGUUUCUGAGAUCAGAAGAUGUCUUGAAGAAGGUGUUGAAUUCCAAGGGGAGCUUCUCAACUUUAGAAAGGAUGGUACACCUCUGGUGAACAGGCUAAGGCUAGCUCCAAUACAUGGUGAUGAUGGCACAGUUACCCAUGUUAUAGGGAUUCAAGUAUUUUCCGAAGCAAAAAUUGACCUGAAUACUGUGUCAUAUCCUGUUUUCAAAGAAACUUGCCAGCCUCAAUGUGACAAGUCUAGCAAAUACUCUAUUAAAAGCGGUGAUUUACUGCAAUGUCAGCACCGUGAAAUAUGUGGUAUUCUUCAGCUCUCUGAUGAAGUGCUAGCUCACAACAUUUUAUCUCGGUUGACACCAAGGGAUGUUGCGUCCAUUGGUUCUGUUUGUAGAAGGAUACGCCAAUUGACAAAAAAUGAACAUGUGAGAAAAAUGGUUUGUCAAAAUGCAUGGGGAGCAGAUGUCACAGGAGUGCUGGAACACAUGACUAAAAGAUUAGCUUGGGGGCGCCUGGCUAGGGAGCUAACCACUCUUGAAGCCGUUUGUUGGAAGAAACUGACAGUUGGAGGGGCUGUAGAGCCUUCACGUUGCAAUUUCAGUGCAUGCGCUGCAGGGAACCGGCUGGUGUUAUUUGGAGGGGAAGGUGUUAAUAUGCAGCCAAUGGACGAUACAUUUGUUCUCAAUCUUGAUGCUGCUAAUCCAGAGUGGCGACGAGUUAGUGUCAAAUCAUCUCCACCAGGACGGUGGGGCCAUACUCUCUCAUGCCUUAAUGGUUCCUGGUUGGUGGUAUUUGGUGGGUGUGGGAGGGAGGGACUGCUUAAUGAUGUGUUUGUUCUUGAUUUAGAUGCUAAACAGCCAACAUGGAAAGAAGUAUCUGGUGGAACUCCGCCCCUUCCUAGAUCCUGGCACAGCUCAUGCACAAUGGAAGGCUCAAAAUUAGUUGUUUCUGGUGGCUGCACAGAUGCAGGGGUACUCCUCAGUGAUACAUAUUUGUUGGAUCUCACUAUUGACAAGCCUACAUGGAGAGAAAUUCCAACUACGUGGGCUCCUCCGUCAAGAUUGGGACACUCACUCUCAGCUUAUGGGAAGACAAAAAUUCUAAUGUUUGGUGGACUUGCCAAGAGCGGUCACUUGCGGUUAAGAUCAGGGGAAUCAUACACGAUUGACUUGGAGGACGAAAGACCACAAUGGAGGCAACUUGACUGUGGGGCGUUCACAGGAGUAGGAAGUCAGAAUGCAGUGAUUCCUCCUCCUAGACUUGAUCACGUCGCUGUAACCAUGCCUUGUGGCCGGAUUAUCAUUUUUGGAGGUUCAAUUGCCGGACUGCACUCUCCUUCACAACUAUUUUUACUGGAUCCUUCUGAGGAAAAACCGUUAUGGAGGACUCUCAAUGUACCUGGGCAACCUCCAAAGUUUGCUUGGGGUCAUAGCACAUGUGUGGUUGGAGGAACAAGGGUCUUGGUCCUGGGAGGCCAUACGGGAGAAGAAUGGAUUCUAAACGAAGUGUAUGAAUUGUGCUUAGCGAGCAAGCAAGAUUCUGAUGCAUGAUGUGGCUAAUCAAAUUCGUGCAGAAUUGAUAUAUAAAUAUCUUCUGAAAAUGCUCUGAAGUCAUGGAGAAACUUUACAUUUUCCUUGAGAAUGGUUCCGCAAUGGAAUACACCAUGUCAUAGAUUCGAGUAUCUUAUGCAGCUUGUGUAAAUAAGCUUUUGAUCUUGCUGUUUGUAGUCCCUUGUUUUGUAUCACAAGUGCUUGCAGUUCUGAUUUUCUGUGCGAGUGGAAUUGCAUGUAAUGUGAAUAUCUGUUCCUGCAGACCAUUUGGUGGCUGGAAUUUCUUAUGCUUUUUGCCGUUGUAUUUAUAUAUUCUAUUCACUGGUUUCUGAGUCUUAA